AUAUUCACCCUCAUAUUCUCCAAGGCAGCAUUCACGUUCUCCAGGCCGACGGUCUGAAUCUUCAGUGGAAAAAUAUUUGCGGGACGUAGUUGAAAACGACAUUGACACAAGCUCACCAGCUGAUAGUCUGAGCAAUAUGAACAGGGAUGACUUGGCUGAUGGUCCAAUAUUUAGCAGAGUCCUUUCACAUCCUUGGAACCUUGAGAGAGGUUUCUUUCGUGAGGAGAAUCCUUCAAGACCAUUCAGCAUGCGACAUGAUGAGGACUCUUACAAUAGGGAUAUUUUCAUAGCUCAACUGGACCGAAGUAUAAACAGUGAAUUUCUACAGCAUCAAUCAAGAGAAAAUAAGAGGGGUGGGGAGCAAGAAUCAAAAUGCUUUCAAUAUGGCAGAGACGAUAGACUUUUUGAUGAAAGCAUAAAAUCUCGGGCUUUAUUGGCAGAAACAGAAAAGUAUUGUAAACAAGGCCUUAAUAGAAGCCCAAGCCUGAUAUACAUGGAUGAAGAUUUUCGUAAACUUGAAAAAAUUAGGAGAAAAAGAGAAGAGGAUUUGCGAAGCAGAAACAUUAGUACUGACUACCCAAUGCCUGAUUCAGCUAAUCAAGAACAAUCUUCUGAAUCUAGACACCAUUAUAGAUCUGAGAAAACACCAGCAAUGUCCUUACAAUCUAUACUGAAGAAACGUUCAGAUGAUUCUUCUAUACAGGACUUCAGGGAUUUUUCAAAGGGGAAGAAGCCUCCUGAGUCAACAUCAGAACCUGUCACCCAACGUAGUGACUUCCUGUUGCCUAAUGAAAGAGCCAGUCAAGAUGGAAGUGGUUUUUCGUGCAUUCUAGGUACAACGACUGAUUCUGUUUAUGCUCCAGAAAAAAUACUGGAUCCCUUCCCUUAUAAUAUAGAAGAUGAAGAGAAAUUUCUUUAUGGGGAUGAUGAUGGUGAUUCAAACAACUGUGUCUACUCUCAAAAGAAAAUGAUGAGUAAAAAGAAAAAACCUGUACGUGAGAAAGUAAAAUAUCUACCUAUUGCAAAACCAAAGAAUUUGAAACAGUCUGUAAAACUAAAGAAUUUGGAACAGUCUGUAAAACAAAAGAAUUUGGAACAGUCUGUAAAACCAAAGAAUUUGGAACAGUCUGUAAAACCAGAGAAUUUGGAACAGUCUGUAAAACCAGAGAAUUUGGAACAAUCUGUAAAACCAGAGAAUUUGGAACAGUCCAGUGUGGAAUAUGACAAGAUGCGUGACUUGCUUAAAACUAUUGGUUUGGACAUUGGAAUGGCUGAAAUAGAUAAGCUUGCUGCUCGCACAGAAGAAAGGCUCCAUGGGAAAAAAACAGCUUAUGCUCUUAAUCAUCAUUCAGUUGCAAAUCAUAAAGCAAAGUUAGAAGAGAAGCAGAAGCAUUCUCUAUCGCCAUUUGAUUCUUUUCCAUCACCUGAAGCUCUGUCUCCUGUUUUAAAAUAUGACUACAAUAACAUCGCUAUUUCAGGGCAAAAUAAAGCUACUGACAUGUGUGAGCAAUCUAGUGUUCCAGGAUCUGUAAUUCCAUCAGCUCCACCUUCUUUUCUUGAUAUUCCUCCUGGGUCCAUCUCUGGUUCAUGUCAUGAUGUUCCAUAUGUCUCUACGUUUACUCCAACUCAGUUCUUUCCAAACUCUGCUUCUCUCCCAGUAGCCUUACCUGACUAUGAUGUAUACCAGCACCACAUGGAUUAUGCAACUUCUGACUGGUGUCCUCAGCAAGUGGACUCUUUAUGUCCAAGUAAAACUGAUGUUGCCGAUCUAAAAGACAGAUGUAUAAAUCGCAACCUUAGAAUCAUUGAUACAAUUAACAUCAGCAAAUCCAAGCAAUUUCAAAAAGCUGCUACCACUACCCCUUACUCCAAUCAGCUAUCCAAGUCUUCUAAAAAAAGGGCCAAGCGAAGAAAUGCUGCUGCAAGAAAAAUAGCUUUACUGAACCACAAGGUAACAGAGGAAUGCAUAAAGUCGGAGCUUGAACAAGAAUCAUACCAUAAGAAACUCUUUUAUCACAAGAUUGAAUUAGAUAGGCUUUCAAAACAGCAAGCGGAGAUGCUGCAGAAGAAACGAAAAGAGAAAGACCCUUUGCUUACGGAACUGAGCAGAUCGAAAGAAAACCUUGCAAAAAAGGUUGCUCAACUGGAAUUGACUAUUAAAAUUUUAAAGGAGAAGCAGAGCGAACUUGAUAAAAUAACUCAUAGCGUGGAGAUGAAUCAUUUUGGAAAAUCCCAGAAAUUAUCUUCAGAAAAUAAAGAUUCUUCAGAAAACAACCUACAAAAAAAUCCCCAAAGUGAAGAGAUAACUUUUAACUCAAUCUAGUCAUAAGGAAGUAUUUGUUUACCUGGAGUAAGGACAGAAACCAGCAGAAGGAAACACCUAAAAGACUGUCCCAUACCUGACCUGACUCUAGAGGUUAGAAGCUGUGGGCUCCCAGGUCAUUACCUUCAUCACCCGUCUAAGCAGUCGGUUGUGAAUGAUGGUCGCGGCGUGGAUGGUGCCACAGGCAAAAAGAAAGGCCCGCAGGAUGGUGAAGACUGAAUUUGCCCCAGCAAUGCAGCCAUACACAGUCAGAGGCAGUUUGGGAGGAGGACAGAAAGAAAAGUGCCAAGAAGAGAAAGAAUCUGAUUCAAUAGCAUGUAUGUUU